AUGGCUCGAGGCGUCGCGGUCGCGCAGCGGCUCCCAUUAAAUGACGGUAUUUCCGACGGCGGAGUACUUGAGCUUCAAAACGAGCCUAAAAAGCCGCGCAAAGUAUUGUCUCAGGCUCUGAUCUCAUCCAACCCCCUUUAUGACGUCAGAAAUGGCUCAAUGCGUCGCGAUCGCGCAGCGGUUUGAAGGCUGGUCCUCGGUAUUCAAGGAAAACGAAACUCGAAAGUCGCGCAGCUCAAAAAAGGACAUAAUGCGCUUUGAGGCUACGAAGAGCAAGCCGCUCAAGGUCCGGCGCAGCGACGCCAAAACGCAACGCGACCGCGACGCGUUGAGCCAUUCUAGGUAUAACAUAUUCAUUAAUAAUCCAAGUCUUCUCUAUUACUAG